GGAAUGGUUGUCUCUGAGUUGCACAGGUAUUCCGUCCCUCCGGUUUGGGGCUUGGCGUCCCCGUCCCGUCCCCCCGCUUCGGAAAGACUAUCGAGGCUGUUCCAUUGUCUCGGGAAAAAGCGGGUGUAUCCCUUUAAAACCCGGUGGGUGGACGUUCUAGCUGGUUAGCGGAGUGCUGCAGUUGGGCGCGCGUGUGUGUCUUGGCGCGUUGGGCAAGUUAAAAAGGAAGUCCCGGAGGAGAGGAAAAUCCCCGCAUUUGCCAAGGAGGAAGAGAGGGGCUUUCAUUUCCCGGGAGCCUCGGAACAAAGGAGCAGCCUGCAACUGUCCUUUUUGGAAGGAAGGCGUGGGAAACUCCUGCCCCAGUGGGGCUGCUGGCUGGCCUGCUCGCAGCUUGGAAGGCGGUUUUGAAAUGGAAGUGUCUCUAAGGAGAUGGGACUACUUGAAAGCCAGUAAGAUUUGAAGCUUAUUUCUAAAAUUCCGUCAAUAUAACUUGACCUCUUUGGACCAGAAAGGAAUUUCAUUUCCCACUUUAACUGCUAAGCAUAGGAACUCACAUUUGUUGCAAAAAUGCCUAUUUUGAAGCAGCUAGUAACUAAUUCCGCUAAUUCCAAGCGCCGCUCUAGGGCGGAUCUGACAACUGAGAUGAUCAGUGCUCCCCUUGGAGACUUCCGUCACACCAUGCAUGUUGGCCGGGCUGGUGAUGCCUUUGGAGAUACCUCCUUUCUCAAUAGCAAGGCUGGGGAGGGUGAGCAGGAAGCCUCGGAGGAGACAACUUCUUCCUCCAAACCCGGCCUGCUGUCACGAAAGUUUCGAAGCAGCAAACGGUCUCAAUCUGUAACGCGUGGCGAUCGACGGGACAUGUUGGGAUCUCUGAGGGAUUCAGCCAUCUUUGUAAAGAAUGCAGUCUCAUUACCUCAGCUCACUGAGAAGGAAACAGAUAAGAGUGGUGGGAAAAAGAUGCCCAAGAGCCUCUCCUCCAGCCCAGUCAAGAAAUCUCCUGAAGAGCAGACACCUGAAGAGAAACACAUGAAUGGUGCUGCUGCAGGUCCCAGCUCUGGGCUGCACAGCCCUGCGUUGGCAGAGCGAGCCUUUGGCGACAUAACUGACUUGCCUUUGGUGGUCCCCAAGAACAAUUGUGGUUUAAAGCAUGCCGAGUCCAUCAUGUCUUUCCAUAUUGAUUUGGGGCCUUCCAUGUUGGGGGAUAUCUUGAGCAUCAUGGACAAGGACCCUUGGGAGCAAGAGGAUUCUGGUUAUCAUGGGGCAGAGGAUCAUCAAAGGGAAGCAGGCCCUGCAGAAGGGUCACCAGCCCACUGGCUUAGCCAAGAAUGCAGGCUUGCUCAGGGUUCCUUGGCUCAGCGGGAUGACAGCAGAGCGGCAACCUACAGUCCAGGCUCUGCCCGUAGUGUGACAAGCCGUCUGACUAUGGACAGCAGUUCCAUCUCCAGUUGUACAUCAGUGGGAGAUGAACAGCGUUCAGCCUCCAGAGGACAAAACCACAGUGUUCCAGAUGAUACCAGGCGUGAUGACCCACUGAAACAGCCUGACAAGGAAUUCUGCUUCAUGGAUGAGGAAGAUGAUGAGAUAAGAGUAUAAGGAAGGUGGUGCCAUCCACAUUGAUUCAUUUACGUUAGGAAAGAGCAACUGGCAUCUGAUUCUGGAAAAAUAGUACUGCCGAAAAAGUGACUGAAUCCUUUUGCCAGCAUUCUCAGUCUUCACUUUUCAGGCUCUCCUCCCUGUUGUUCUCUUAAGCAGACUGCUGCAGAAAGGGAGGGGGACAUGAAUCAAACUGAAACACGUUUAAAUAAUUUCUUAUGUUUAAAAUAACCCUUUCCCCAUUAUUCUGGUGAUAGUGAAAUGAGAUCACUUAAGAAAAUUUGGAAAGACGUUAUUUCCAAGAGAGAACUUGCCACUAGAUUGGAACUUAAAAGAUAACAGAACAGAUUUUGAUUAACUUAUCUGCUAUAUUUUAUAGCAAUAUACAGCUGAACACUAGAACAAAGCUCAAAAGCACUAGUUUUCCUAUUAAUAUAUUUCCAACUUUUGCAUUUGUUCUAGCACUCAAAGGGCGAGGGUUUUUUUUUCCUAUUACCAAUACUAUUCUGGUCUUGGCACAACAUUGGAAGAUGUUGCAUCUUCGUAGAGAGCAAAAACACAGAGGAGCUUGAAAAAAGAUUCUCUAAUUCUUUAUGCUCAGAAGCUAACAAUUCCUUUCCUGUGGGCAGGCCUCUGGGAAGAUCUACGGACAUGCCUGGGAUAAACAUUUCUUACUCUUGCUUUUUUUAAACCGGAGCUGAUUAAAACUCUUUAGACCACAGAUUGUGGGGAGUGGGAAGUUCAGUUGUCCCUUUCACAUCAGGGCCCUUAAAGGCAAUGGAAGAAAAAAGUUGUAAAGAUGCUAAUAUUUCCUUACAGCAUAUACUUUUCCUACUCCUAAAAUGUGUCAUCCUUGACAUUGGUAACUUGGGUUAUCUCUUUGUAGUGGAAUAUUCUUGAAGACACUUUGCUUGUAUGAAGACUGUUUGGAAUUCCCUGAUGGAAGGGAGAUGGAUUCUAAGAGUGGCAGCAAUAACCAGCCUAGCUACCCCAUCCCAAAGUACAGAAAAACCCUGACUCCCUGACUUCACUCUUUCCAGGCUCUCCCCUUGUAAACAGGCAGACUGGAAGUCCUGAGAUUUGUUUGUAUCUCUGGGAUAAUCACUGGGGCACUGCUAAAUGAUGUGGCUCACUUACACAUCUACAGCCAUAGACUGAAAACAAUACAGCCCCAUCUUCUCUUAGCUGAGACUUGAGAAUGUCAGCUGGGCUGCCUGAAGCACAAAGAGCUUGGCGCUCCCUGUUCUAGGAACAAUAGAGGGACCACAUUGCUCAUUUCUCUCCCUUAAAACUUUUUAGCAUCCUUAAUGUCUAGUGCAUUAAGGAGGUGCUCCUGCGUUCCUAUAUCCUAAUGCCCUAUCCUUUAUUUUAUUUUAUUGGCCUUGCUUUACGUUUUGCUGGGCAUUAAACACUAACUUUUGCCUUAUUUUUGUUUUCUUUUUUCUUUUAGCCUUUUGUCCAUACUGUAUAUUAGACCUGCUCACCCCUUUGGGAGUAGCCUUUCUCCCUUCACUGGGGUUGUGAUUUUCGUUGUGUGUAUACAGGUGUUUGUUUAGUGCAUCUGAUGGAGGACUUUUAAAAGUGGAUUCUUGUUUUUAAAAUGCAAAGAAAUUAAAGUAUAGUGAAGAGAAAAGCAUUCCCUGAAAUGUUCUGAGAAAUUUUUGUUUUACAUUUAAUGUGUGUGUUGUCUUUCUGCAGGCAAAGGGCCAAAGGCAGAGGAUUAAUUGUAUAAACUCAGUAUUCAGUCAGAAUUGCAAACUCCUGAACAAUAUCACCCCACUUACUGACUUUCAUUUCACUGGAAGUGUAAUCUUUGGAACCUGUAUGUCUGUUAAUCCAACGCAGCAAUGGUUCUUGUAACCCCCUCCCCCUCCCCAAGUUCCAUAGAAGGCUAUGGUGUUUACUUUGCAGGAAGUUGGAAUUAAAUAAAGAAUGGUCAUCUUGUCUCA